UAACGGUAGAAGGUCAUAAGAGACGUGCUAAAAUGGAGUUGACACCGGGAAAUAUGGAGAAGUUAGUGGACCUGUUAAGAGUUCCGGAACCCGACGUGAUACAGGGCGAGGACUUGGUUUCUUCUGGCUGCGAGAUUACUUCAACGCGAGGAAAACUGCCUAAUAACGAAAAUGUAAAAAGCACCCCAAAGACCAUAGAGGAGUUUGAGGAACAAGAAGCUAAGGAGGCGGAAGAGCUAAGCCACGUGGGCGCAGGCCUAGACGGCCGCAAGGCACCCGAGUACACUAUGAAUUAUCGACAAGCUGUUAGCGCGGAGGACGUGUUUCUUCAGAUCGGUCCAAAAACGCCAGGCUCGGCUAGUUGUGAGAACCUCAUAGUCCGGAUCAAAAUGCCUGGCGAUAAAAAGGAGAACAUAGAUUUGGCGGUAGACACCAGCAGCGUGGCUGUAAACUCCUCGCAGCACUGCCUUAAGCUGCCGCUGCCACACGACAUCGACCCGGACCGGUCCAAAGCCUCCUGGGAUUCCGCUGAGGAAACUUUGGUUUUGACGUUGAUGCUGCAAAGGGAGUUUGAUUUUGUUAAUUUCUAAGUUAUAUUCGUUUUAAAUAUAUUGAAUUUGUACACUACAA